AUGAUGGCCAGCUACCCCGAGCCCGAGGACACCGCCGCCGGAGCCCUGCUGAGCCCGGAGACCGGCCGUGCAGUCAAGGAGCCCGAAGCACCGCCGCCUCCGAGUCCCGGCAAGGGCGGCGGGACCGCUCCGGAGAAGCCGGACCCGGCGCAGAAACCCCCGUACUCGUACGUGGCGCUCAUCGCCAUGGCCAUCCGCGAGAGCGCCGAGAAGAGGCUCACGCUGUCGGGCAUCUACCAGUACAUCAUCGCCAAGUUCCCCUUCUACGAGAAGAACAAGAAGGGCUGGCAGAACAGCAUCCGCCACAACCUCAGCCUCAACGAGUGCUUCAUCAAGGUGCCGCGCGAGGGCGGCGGCGAGCGCAAGGGCAACUACUGGACGCUGGACCCGGCCUGCGAGGACAUGUUCGAGAAAGGCAACUACCGCCGCCGCCGCCGCAUGAAGCGACCCUUCCGCCCGCCGCCCGCGCACUUCCAACCCGGCAAAGGGCUCUUCGCCACCGGAGGCGCCGGGGCCGGCUGCGGGGUGGCCGGGGCCGGGGCCGAUGGCUACGGCUACCUGGCACCCCCCAAGUACCUGCAGUCUGGGUUCCUCAACAACUCGUGGCCGCUGCCCCAGCCGCCCUCGCCCAUGCCUCCCUACGCCUCCUGCCAGAUGGCCGCGGCGGCGGCAGCGGCGGCGGCGGCAGCGGCUGCCGCGGGCCCCGGCAGCCCCGGUGCGGCGGCGGCGGUGGUUAAGGGGCUGGCGGGCCCGGCCGCUUCGUACGGGCCCUACUCCCGGGUGCAAAGCAUGGCGCUGCCACCGGCCGUAGUGAACUCCUACAACGGCCUGGGAGGCCCUCCGACCGCGCCCCCGCCGCCGCCGCCGCCGCCACCGCCACCGCCGCAUCCUCACCCGCAUCCUCACGCGCAUCAUCUGCACGCGGCCGCCGCCGCGCCCCCGCCGGCCCCGCCGCACCACGGAGCUGCCGCGCCGCCCCCGGGCCAGCUGAGUCCAGCCAGCCCGGCCGCCGCGGCGCCGCCAGCGCCCGCGCCCACGAGCGCGCCCGGCCUGCAGUUCGCCUGCGCCCGGCAACCCGAGCUCGCCAUGAUGCAUUGCUCUUACUGGGACCACGACAGCAAGACCGGCGCGCUGCACUCGCGCCUGGACCUCUGA